CGGAGCUUCAGCUCAGAGAUAAAGAGAAGGUUUUGAGAAAGUGAUCGAGGGCUGAUGUAGGGUUACUCGAAGAGACAACAGUGCGAGCUGUUUUAGUGUUUUUCGUAAAGGACGGGUAGACCAAAGAGAAAACCCCUCUCCAAAAUGCUCUGCAAUGUAACGCGACCGGACUCGGUGGUAAUGGAGAUAGAAGUGGACGCAAAGGCAAACGGAGAGGACUGUCUGAAUAAGGUAUGUCGGAAGUUGGGAAUAAUAGAGGUGGAUUACUUCGGGCUGCAGUUUUCUGGCAGCAAAGGAGAGAACCUGUGGCUGAACCUGAGGAACAGAAUCUCGCAACAGAUGGACAACCUCACGCCCUGCAGACUACGGCUCCGGGUGAAGUUUUUCGUGGAGCCUCACCUUAUCCUGCAGGAGCAGACGAGACACCUGUUUUUCAUGCACGUGAAAGAGGAUCUGCAUCGCGGACAUCUGCGAAUGUGCUCCGAACAAGCCGAGGAGCUCAGCGCCCUCCUCGCCCAGGCAGAGUUUGGUGACUAUAACCAGAACACGGCAAAGUAUUGGUACACCGAACUUUGUGGCAUCGAGCCCAACCAAGCCACCAUCAACAGUAUCAUAUCCAAGCACAAGGCUCUUGAGGGUUUGAGUCAGGGCUCAGUGGAGUACCAGGCCCUGCAGCUGGUGUCAUCACUGGAGCAUUAUGGGGUGGAGUGGCAUUGGGCGCGGGACGCUGAAGGCCAGAGGAUGGCCAUCGGAGUGGGGCCAGAGGGCAUAGCGGUAUGUCGAGAGGACUUCACACUGGUUAACAGGAUAGCGUAUCCCAUAAUACAAAUUGCCACGCAAUCGGGCAAGAGUGUGUACUUAACGGUUACCAAGGAUACCAGUGACAGUGUGGUCCUGCUGUUCAAGCUAAUGAGUAAUCGAGCGGCCAGCGGGCUAUACCGGGCCAUCACGGAGACUCACGCCUUUUACAGGUGCGACACCGUGACGAACGCUGUCAUGAUGCAGUACAGCCGAGAUUUCAAGGGUCACCUAGCCUCGCUUUUCCUCAACGACAACGCCAACAUGGGCAAGAAGUACGUGUUCGACAUCCGCCGCACAUCCAAGGAAGUGUACGACUACGCCAGGCGCGCGCUGUACAACGCCGGUAUCGUGGACAUGAUGUCGAGGUCGGGGGAGCGCACGCCAUCGUCCCGCUCGCCUUCUCGCGACCAGGAGGAGGCGCUGGACUGCGGGGGCUGCCAGCAGAGUCGUGUCCUGCAGGAGAAACUCCAGAAACUGCGGGAGGCGCUGCUGUGCAUGCUGUGCUGCGAGGAGGAGAUCGAUGCCGCAUUCUGCCCAUGCGGUCACAUGGUCUGCUGCCAGAACUGCGCAGAACAGCUGCAGUCUUGUCCGGUGUGUCGCUCGGAAGUGGAACACGUCCAGCAUGUGUAUCUGCCCACGUGCACCAGUCUGCUCAGUUUGACCAUCGCCGGUGGCAACAGCCCCGAACCCAUCCACAGAGGAAUGGCGCCCCAUACCUGCACUACCGAUGACUACUCCACCAGUGAGAAGAGCUACCAAAACUAAACUGGUCUUCCACUGGACUUUUAUUUUGUUUGACACAAUGGCGAAUUUAAGUCUACCGCGAUGGUUGGGUCACUCCAGAUAAAUGUUUGUUGUUUUAAAAACCAUGUUUGUUUAUGAUGUGAAUGUUUGUCUCUGUAUCAGUUGAUCUGAUAAUCGUUCGUUUUUGCUUUUCGAAAACUUUUUUUUAUUGUUUUUGCUUGUCUUCUACUUCAUAGCAUGCCGCGAGUUCAGACAAUUCAUAACCUGCACAAAUCUGACUUGUGAAUGAGGAAUUAUAUUGUUUAGGUAGUAUUUUCCUAAUUUAAAUGAAUUUUAUGUUGUGGUUUUAAAAUGCAUAUCUAUUUUCAGUAUGUACCUUUUUGCAGUGAAAUUUAAUUUUUUUUUUAAGGUCUUCAUGGUUUCCAUGCCAAUGAAAAGGUAUUUAUAUGCACUUCGAGUAGGGCGGACUACUGAUCCGUCAUUCACAUGUAGAUUCACAGCUUUUCUAACCCAACACUCCUAAUCCAGAGCCGACGUUUCAUAAUACAUUACCAGUCUCGGUGGAAGUGAAGCUUUUUUAUUUUGCAUUUAUGCUCAGCCAUCGAUUUGCUUUUGAAGGGUACUGAAUUAUCUCUCAGUGCAUUGUUAACCGUUUUAGGUGAUUUUGAGGUCUUAUUUAAUUUUAUUUUUUGUGGAAGAUGUGGGAAUGUUAUCUAUAGGAAAGCUGAAGUUAAAUAUUUAAUUGCCACUGUCACUUUACCAAGGAGUUUCCUAAGUGUAUUGUUCCUAGAUGUCUUGCCUUAAUGUAGCAGCGACACCGCGUGUGUGAUAUGCAUCCUUUCUUUGCACAGAUUAUUAUUGAAAGGUGAAGAGGAUUAUUUUCUUUACUGCUGACACAACAUGGAACAGUCACAGCAAGGGGAUAUUUUUUUCAAUUUGUACAAGUAGGAUUUGUUUCUGUUUGUUUGAAGCAAAAACUAUGCUCUGUAAAUAUAGAAAUAACUUUUUAUAUUUCUUGGAACGAGAGGUAUUAAUAAAGCGUUUUUUAACAUA